AUGACCCAGAUCUACAUCCUCAUCAACCAGCUCGCAGUCCUCGUGUUCACCCUCAUCAUGACCACCAACCUCGCCCCGCCGAUCAAACGCUAUCUCACUGCCAUCACCGACUCCUCGCCCCUCGCCGCGGGCGUCCUCCUCUACUGCAGCGUGUCUUACCUGACCAACCACGGCCGCUGUGGCCUGCUCACCCUCCCUGCGAAUGGAAUGUGGGCCCGAGCACUGAAAGACGAGCUUUCCAUGCGCAAGGGUCUGUGUAUCUGCGAGGAGGCGGCGACAAUGAUCCAAGAACUUUUCGAUCCAUACGCGCGAGUGCUGCUGGUGUGCGAGUGGAUGGGGCUGCUUUCCGUGGGGAUCUAUUCGACGGUCUUUGCGGGGAAGGCGGUUUGGCGGCUUCUCGGAUGA